UAAGCACAUUCACGUAUGCCUCUGCACGUGUAGAGUCGCCUCAUCCGUCUCGACAGAGCGGUCGGCUUCUGAGAGGACCAGCCAGCCAGCCGGCGGCAGAGGGGGGACAAAAAGAAGAAGGGAGGGAGAAGGGGAAAAAAAGCUGAAUAAAAGCCAUACAGAAGAGGAGAAAAACACAUCCAAAUGAGGAUGGGAGAAUAAAAGGAAAGGAUGCUUUGAAUGCCGUCUCUCUUUCAUCAAGCAAGAGGAAGAAGGAAGGGAGCGAGGGGGGACGCAACAUACAGAAGGGACAAAAGCGGGAAUGCUGGAAUGAAUGGGAGUCCUGCUUGCACUGGGAAUAGCAGUCACCCACACCGAAGUCACUGAAAAGCUUAAACCAAGUGUGCCCCAAAUGCGGAGGAAUCCAUAGAAGUCUUCCCAAGCACGACAAACUCCCUCUCCCUCGGGAUUUUUGAUGUCGCCUUUUGGCUGGGCUUUCGCGACGUUUGACCACCGUCGAGCGAGCACGUCUCCGCUCUCCAGGCGGCACCAAUUAAGGCGGGCUUGAGCCGGGCAAGUUGUGACAGAACUGAGGAGACGGCGAGGCGAAGAGGGAAGGGGAGACGGCGUGGCGAAGAGGAGGAGAAGGGGCCCGCGGGUGCUCGUGCGGACAAGAAGUGGCCUGUCUGCAUGAGGGCAGAAGAGAAGGAAUGAUGGAGAACGUCGCCGCUACAUAGGUCAGCCAACAUCCCAGCUGUGCAUCACCAGUGAUACCAUGAUCCAGUUCUGACUGUGGGUAAUGCCGAGCCAAAUAACCAAUCCUGGAGAUGCCGAAGAGAAGAGAUAUUCUUGCCAUCGUGUUGAUCGUGUUACCCUGGACUUUGCUCAUCACAGUUUGGCACCAAAGCGCCAUCGCUCCGCUGCUCGCCAUCCGCAAGGCCUGUCACCACCUAGUAAAAGAGAUCUUUAUCAUUCCAGAGAGGCUUGCAGUUCGCCACCACCGACUCUCAGAUGACGGCGUGGAGGGCAAGCGGGAGGCGGGAGGCCAGGCGGGAGACUCCAAGGAAUACUGUGCCUCAGAUAAGGACAUCGUGGAGGUGGUGAGGACCGAGUAUGUCUACACACGGCCUCCGCCUUGGUCGGACGUGCUGCCCACCAUCCACAUCAUCACUCCCACGUACAGCCGACCCGUGCAGAAGGCCGAGUUGACCCGGCUGGCGAACACCUUCCUUCACAUUCCCAACCUGCACUGGAUCCUGGUGGAGGACUCCCAAAGGAGGACGCCUCUGGUGACGCGACUGCUCAGAGAAACGGGACUCAACUACACCCACCUCAAUGUCGAGACACCUCGGAACUAUAAGCUGCGAGGAGACACUAGGGACCCGAGGAUCCCCCGGGGGACCAUGCAGAGGAAUCUGGCGCUUCGGUGGCUGAGGGAGACGUUCAACGCCAACAGCAGUCAAGCUGGGAUUGUCUAUUUUGCGGACGACGACAACACGUACAGCCUGGAGCUGUUUGAGGAGAUGAGAUCAACACAGAAAGUUUCCGUGUGGCCCGUGGCCUUUGUGGGCGGCCUGCGCUACGAGUCGCCCAAGGUCAACGCGGCCGGGAAGGUGUACGGCUGGAAGACGGUGUUCGACCCCCACCGGCCCUUUGCCAUCGACAUGGCCGGCUUCGCCAUCAACCUGAGGCUUAUCCUUUUCAAGCCUCAGGCGUACUUCAAGCUACGCGGGGUGAAGGGAGGCUACCAGGAGAGCAGUCUGCUGCGGGAACUUGUCACGCUCAACGACCUGGAACCCAAAGCGGCCAAUUGCACUAAGAUACUCGUUUGGCACACAAGAACAGAGAAGCCCGUCCUUGUAAACGAAGGGAAAAAGGGAUUCACAGACCCCAAUGUGGAGAUUUGACAAUGUUUUUUUCUUCAGAUCACGGUGGUCGUCUUUGGACAAAACAGCUGCAGAGUUUCUAGCAAGUUUUUGAAAGACAAUCUAACCCACACACGUGACAUUUUUCUUUGCGAAAAAUGGACGAGGCAGUAUCACUGUAUCAUAUCAAAGCACAGCUUGGCGAAAGGCGGCUUUUAUUUAUGAGCUCUGCGAACCAGACGACGUCAAGGACGGGCGUGGGCGACAACCUGACAGACAGACAGCACAAUUCUAACACCAGUCAGGUUCUCGGGAAAAAAAAAAGAUCCUUCACUUGGUGGAGGAAAAAAAAAAAAAGCAAAAACUGGGAUGAGAUUACGAAUGAAGAUUAUUCAACGACACGGACUACGAUAUGUCUUGUGGAUUUUACUCUGAUAAACACUGCAAGGGAAGGAAUGUCCUUUUGAUAACAAUGUGUUUUGGGUUUUUUUGGUGUUGACAAUACUACUGAUUACAUUUACUCCUGGGUUACCAUGAGUCAUACUUUGAAACCACAACUUGAAGAUGCCGCUGGUGGAAGUGUACAUAAAAACAAAAACAAAAAAACAUGCACCUCUUACUUAGCACUUAAAAACACACUGAUGAUAUUUCUUUGUGCUGACAUGUGUAUAUAGCCAUAGAGCAAUCAGGAAAUGUUGUUGUGAAUACUGUAUUUAUGUUGGACCACGAGGAAAAUAACAAUAGCACACAGUCCGUUUCAUUCAUCUUAAAAAAAAACAAAAAAUCAUAAAGGUUUCCCCUCGUCUAUGCACAGCCAUGUACGAACACACGGAAACAAUCACUGAUUUAUUGAUCUGGAAAAAGGUUCAACCCCAAUUGAUCACGUCUCAGACAUUGUACACCAACACCACCUGAUAAAUGUUUAGCUUUGCUAGCACAGUGGAACCUCGGUCAGCGUCAUUCAUCUGUUUCAGAAGCUCCGACUCAAACGGAAUGCAUUUUUUCCAUAACAAAUAAUGCAAAUCCGAUUCAUCCUUUCCGGACACACAAAACACUUACAAUUAUAGUUUCCCAUGCAGAAAACAAUUGGAAAUACGUAGGAAUGAUGGAUGAAAGGGAUAAAUCAACAUGUGAUUUGAGCUGUUUCUUGAAUUUAGUCGUGUUUCUCCCCUUCGCUACCAAAAUGCUGCUACUUCCAACUUUCUUUGGCUCCUUUGUGGGUUAUUUUUGAUCAAUAAGAAAAGAAGAGCACUGUUGCCAACUUUUCAUUAAGAAAAGUAGCUAUCGGCUGUCCUAGAAGUCGCUAGAUGGCGUCUAAUUUGCAUAUCAUUUGCAUAUGGGUGUUGUUUUUUUGAGAGACCAAAAAAGCGAGUAAAAACGCCUUAAUUACGUUUAGAUCAUCGAGAAAAAGGCUUCUUGAGACGUCAUCUGUACUUCUGUGAAGAAGGUGUCGGACGUUUCGCUCCUCAUCCGAAGCUUCGUCAGCGAACUAAUAAGUGCUGGUAGCCUAGGCCUUAAAUACAGUAAGAGUGGGCGGAAUUGGUGUGCCAACACCCUCCUCCUAUUGGUUCCUUACACUAAGCCUGGGCGGAGUAGUGGUAUAAUCCUUUCCUGCUAUUAACACCUCCGAUAAAAGGGAAGUGUCGCUCCCUGAGUUGGGUAUGAACGACACCUUCUUCACAGAAGUACAGAUGACGUCUCAAGAAGCUUUUUCCUCGAAGGACAACUCCUGUACGACUGAGAGCCUACACGGACGUACGUUUAGAUCAACAAGUAAACUUGAUUCCAGCGCCUCUCAAAGUUCUCCCGUCGCACGUUGGCUAUUGGGAACUUUUUAAAAUUAGCACCUUUAAAUUAGCACUUCGAAUCACAGAUUAUGCUGUGUUUAUUCUAUGGCUCACAUUAACGAGGCUCAGAGCAGCACCCUCUUGUGGUGAAUAUAUGUAAUAGCAACUGUGCUUCACAAUAUCGACAAUACAGUAGGCUUAUCAAUGACUUACAUAUGCCCGAAGAAUUGUAAGAUAAUCCUCUUCAGUUUACGAAUAAAGAGUAGCGAUACACUGUGUUCCAAAUUAUUAUGCUACUAGGAUUUUUGUGUCCUAAACAUAUUUUUUUGUUGUUUUUUAAUGAAAUUCAUGGAUGGCAAUAUGUCUUGGGGCUCUUUGGAUUCCUGAUUUCAAUCUUGACUACUUGACUACUAAAUGAUGUUCCACGUUAUUUAGCAUUGCCACAGAUUUCAAGCACUAUGGGAAAGAAUUUGCUGACAAAAUAUUGCAAUGCCGUGGACAAGGCAUGAAAACAUUCAAUAAUUCACAAUUUCGAACGGUGAUUCAAUUUGUGGCUGAUUCAGAUGACAGCUGGGAUUGUGCUGGUAAAGGCAUAAUGACGAAGGUUUCUGCUAGACGAAGGUGUGGAAUCAAGAUAGCACCUGCUAAAAAGCCAUUCCAAAGCAGCAAACAGGUAUUUGAAGGUGGUGGUGCCUCUGAAGUCCCAUGAACCUGAAGGUGUAGGAUCCUCCAGAGACUAUUUGGCCACCCCUAACCAAUACUCACAAGCAGAAACGGUUGCAGUGGGCAUGAAGAUGAGUUUUCAAACAAUCCUGUUUACUGAUGAGGGCUGGAUUGAUGAAGUUGUGUAUGGCCAGCGUAUCUCAACAAGGCUGUGAUGUCACGUUUUGGAUCGGAAUCAUUGGGAGAGAGCCGGUAGGCCUUUUAUGGUCAUUGAAGGUGUGAAAAUGACCUCAGCAAAGUAGAGUUUCUGACUGACCACUUUCUUCCAUGGUACAAUAUGAAGAACCGUACCUUCUGUAGCAAACCUUCAUGCAUGACAAUGCACCAUCUCAUGACGCAAAGAAUACCUACCUACCUGUCAUUGGCUGUUAUGGCCCCCUCCUGAACCUAACCCAAUUGAGAACCUAUGGGGCAUCAUUGAGGAAAAAAUCUAUUAGGGUCGGAGGCAGACAUCUUGCAAAGAAAUUCAUGCAGAAACGCUCCAAAAACUCCCAAGUUCAAUGUAAGAAUUGUGACGGUUAUAUCAAAGAAGGGAUCUUUAUGUUAACAUGGAACUUGGCCUGUUCAGAUGUUAGUGACUGAAAUAGCUUUUGCUUUCAGUAAAUAUGACUUCCUUGUGCUGCGAAUGCAACAAACGACCAUUUUCGCUUCUUAACAACCAUUGAAAUGCUUGGAAACUCUGCUUUGUAUAAUAAUGUGGAACAGUGCAUUGGAAGUUUGUAUUUAUGAAAAAAAUACUGUUUUCAUUGGGAGGUUUGUUCAAUAACAUUCAAAUUGUACCGGUAAAUUAUGAUGACUGUCAUUUUUUAUUGACUAUUUAGCAAAAUCAGAGAAAAAUAUCAUUUGCGUAAUAAUUUGGAACACAGUGUGGACUAACAAUAAAAUAUAAACACAAUAACACCCUCCUCUUUCAUCCAGGCUUGCUUAUUAAGAAACAUUUGCGUUUGAAAGCAGGGCGAGCUCCCACCCACGUGAUUCAUUUGCACUUUGGUUGCGUUGAGCUCCACAUCGUGGCUUGUGACUGCCUUUGGACGGGGCGGACCUGUCAACAGCACCCGCCGCUGCUCAGAGAGAACACAAAAUGCAGAACAUACAAUAUGUUUGUCACAUGCAGUGUAUUAAUAACAUGACAAGACGUGUGGCAUAUUGUACGCCAUAAUGGGAAAUGUACGCAAAUGUGUGCGAGGCAAAACUUUUGCGUACGUUUUCGACAUACACUGAGCUAGCUAACCGAGGUCCCGCUGUCUCAUUUUUGCUACUUUGCUUCCCAUCAUGGUUUAGCUUCAAAUAUGUGGCUUGUAAAUGAUUACAAUAAGGUUUAUUCGCUUAAUACAUUUGUAUUUGCACAGUUAUUUCAUAAGUACACCACCAGUCAAAAGCUCUGAGACACUUUCUCAUGCAUUUGAAUGAGAUAAUGUGUCCAAACUUUUGACUGGUCUAAUGUAAUUACAUCUCUGGUGUUCCUGAGUACCGCUUGAGGGAACCUGAGUACAACUAGUAGUGCUCGUACCGCAGUUUGAGAACGAAUAAUCCAGGCAAAAUAGAGUGCACUACUUGGCUGCAACCAGCAGAGGCGCUGUUGAGUUCAUCUCAAUCUCAGUUUGCUCUCUAAAAUACAACAUGACAGUUAGGGAAGUUGAGCUACAUCGUGAUUGUGCUUAAUACAGGAGCUGAGAACCUUCAGAAGUAUUUGCUUUGGGUGAGCACAUAUGUUUUUCAUGGGAAAAUGGUUGGUUACAUGGGGUACAGCUCUUUGCAUUGCAGGUAUUCAUUACUUUAUUAAGGGAGACACAAAUCAUCCCCCCAAAAUAUUGAUGCAAUCAUUCAAUAAAGGCUGCAACUACUGAAUAAUGAAAACAUUUCCUGCUGUAAUUAUUUGGAUUUUCAGUACAAAAACUGUAGUUUCCUUAGUAAUAUUAGACAGCUGGCUAAAAUAAAGCACAAUAAUAAUAAUAAUAAUAAUAAUAAUAAUAAUGGUAUAGGUUUAUCGAUAUUCAGAUGUUGUGCAUGGUAGCAGCUAUAAGAGUAAGAAUAUUGUAUAAAUUUGAUGAAUCAAUACUUCUGAUCUAACAGAAGUGGAGAUGAUUCAAACCCUCAGCCUCUGUACUGGAAAUUACGAUGGAGUAUUAGGGCCACGUUGAAAGAAAAAUAGUAGUACAUUACGAGAAAAAUUGUAGUACAUUUACGAGAAUAAUGUCGUAAUACUUCCAAAGGUCAUUUUCAGCAGUCUCAGGCAACGCCUGCUGCAACGGAGUAUGAAAAUAAUGUGAGAUUUUGAGAAUAAAGUCGUAAACUGACAAGAAAAAUAUUAAUAUCAUUCCUGAAGAGCUAUGCUCCAUUUUCCCUCUGACACGUAUGACGCGGUGACGCGUAAUAUUAAAGCUUUAUUCUCGUAAAUUUACCCUUUCAUUCUCGUAAUAUUGCAACUUUUUUUCUCAUAAUUUUCUGGGUUUAUUCUCAUAAAUUUACCACUUUAUUUUCGUAAUGUUACGACUUUUUUCUCAUGAAUUCACGACUAUAUUCUUGUAAUAUUACGGCGUUUUUCUCGUAAAUCUACGACUUUAUUCUCAAAUUUACAACGUUUUUUCUUGUAAACUCACUUUUUUCUCGUAAAUUUAACCUUUUUUUGCCUAAAUUUACGACUUUAUUCUUGAAAUCUCAGAUUCAGUCUCAGGCAACGCCUGCUCUGCCAAACUAUUAAAAUAAUCGGAGAUUUUGAGAAUAACGUCAUAAAUUGACGAGGAAAAACUCAAAACUCAAACGUCCUUCCUGAAGAGCUAUGCACUAUUUUCCCUCUGACACGUAUGACACCAUGACGCGUAAUAUUAAGACGUUAUUCUCGUAAAUUUAAAUUUUUCUCGUAAAUUUACAAUUGUACAAUUGUUGUAAAUGUUCAACUUUUUUUUUGGUAAAUUUAUAACUUUUUUCGCAGAAAUUUACGACUUUUUCAUCGUAAAUUUACAACCUUUUUUCUCAUAAAUUUACGACUUUUUUUAAAUUUCAGAUUCAGUCUCAGGCAACGCCUGCUACGAUAGAGUAGUAAAAUAAUCUGAGAUUUUUUGAGAAUAAAGUCGUAAAUUGACGAGAAUAGGAAGAGAAAAAACUCAAACUUCCUUCCUGAAGAGCUAUGCUCUAUUUUCCCUCCGACACGUACGACACGUACGACACAUAAUAUUAAGUCUUUCUUCUCGUGAAUUUUCAACUUUUUUUCUCGUAAAUGUACUUUAUUCUUGUAAAUUUUCAACUUUUUUCUCACAAAUGUACGACUUUAUUGUCAUAAAUUUACGACAUUUUUUUCUUCUAAAUUUAAUUUUUUUCUCGCAAAUUUACAACUUUCUUUUCGUACAUUUACGACUUUAUUCUUGAAAUCUCCGAUUUUUUUUUUUCCAAUGUGGCCGUAAUACUCGGUCGCACAAAAUACUGCAUUGGAGCACAUGAAGAUAUUUGUUUUACUGACUGCAUGGGGCGGCUUUUGGGCUCACAUCCUGCAAUUUGAUCUACUGUUAUUUAUUUUUAAAAGUUUUAUAUUUAUUUGUGUAUUUAUUUGAGGUACAGGUGUGCAAUAAAUGUGCAUGCACGCACUCACUGUAAACUAUCUAGCAUACCAAGCAGUAAUAAGAAAUUAGCAAUACUGUAGUCCGAUCUUGAUUGCUCAUUAUUGUUGUCUGGAAUCCAAGCGAGCAUACCAGCAGUACUGCUUCUUCUUUUUUGUUGUUUUUUACACUCCGCAUAGUUAAUGUCUGUUGAUGAGCAUUAAUGACCCUCUUGAGGGCUUCCAAGGCACAAUAAACUCCACUCAAGUCGUCCCCUAUGUCUUCAUCCUCACUGUCAUCCUCAUGUCAGUCACACUUUUAUGCAUGGAACUGUUUAAUGGUUCUUUGUUAUUAUUUGCCUCGAAUUCCAGUUUGUCUCAGAGAAAGAUGGUUGUUGGUUCAAGAGAAAUAAACAACUAAGAACAUC